CGGCACUACGCACAAAUGUGUACACAUUACAGGCGUGUCCAACCAGCCGGGUCUAGCAUCAUCCGGGUAACCCAUUUGUUUAUAUUACAUGCGUUUCUACUUCUCCUAGUGUGGAAGUUGCAUGAGAGUAUGAGAUAAAGGGAUAUUUAUAUGUGUGUACCUGGUGACUAUACAUGUACAUGGUGACCAUUCAGCCUCUCCACCGGAAGGAAAGAUGAGUUCACCCACCACCUAACAUGAUCUACUGACGAUGAACACAGUGAGACUGAUAUUACUUGUGUACGUUUAUUGUGACAAAUUUCGGUAAAUACUGAGAUCGUUUACCUAUGGGAGGGAAACAUUCCUUCCCCAGGGUUUCUCUGUCCAGCGAUAGAGUGGUGCUCAUCACAGGUGGAAAUCAAGGUAUUGGAUACCAUACAGCUAAAUGGGUGGCCAUGAUGGGAGCCAAAGUCAUCAUAGCGUGUCGCUCAGAAGAGAAGGCAACAGAGGCUAUCAAGCGAAUGAACACCGAGUUUCUGGAAGAGAAAAGUAGGGGAAUGGAGGGCAUUGCUGAUAUAGAGGAGCUGGACGUGUCUUUCAUGAAGCUAGACAACGCGUCAUUAAAAUCUGUGAUGACAUUAGUAGAGGAGUUCAAGGCAACAGGACUCAAACUCCAUACACUUAUAUGUAACGCGGGCAUAGGAGUACACAAACAAGAAUACACAGAGGAUGGAAAUGAAUAUCUAUUUCAGGUAAAUUAUCUCAGCCACUUCCUGCUGACCGCACAUCUCUUACCGAUUAUGAAGACUUCCGGUCCAGACUGUCGUGUGAUCCUGGUAUCUAGCAUAGCUCAUAGAAUAGUUUCCUUCCGAUUAGACGAGAUUCAAGGCAAACAGUUCGAUGAGGGCACAUUUGACGGAUUGACCUUCUACAAUAGGUCUAAAUUAUAUCAGAUUAUGCAAAUGUUUAGCAUGAAUCGUAGAUUGGCCGACACCAAUGUUACAGUGACGUCACUACAUCCGGGUGUUGUGGAAACUGGUUUGCUGAACACAUUCAGUGGAGGAUUUUCUGGGGCUGGUCUAAGACUUCUGCGGUGUGUAGGUGGAUCGAAGACAUCUUUCGAAGGUUCCUGGACGACAAUUAACGCUGCCGUAAAUCCCAAGCUUGAUGGUGUACGGGACGUGUACUUCGCCGACUCUAAAUCUAGCACGGUGUCCAGACAGUCAAGAAAUAAACGGGAUCAGAAAAAAUUAUGGACUUUUACCUUAGAAUGUUUGAAGGAGUACCUCGCUGAAGAUAUCAUCAAAGACUUGGAGGGAAAUUACACAGAAGCGUCAUAGGAUUGCUAUUGUAAUAUGGAGGCGACCCGAAUGUGCUGUGCUUUGUAUGACAGAAUGUGAAUUUCUUUCGUUAUGCACAACUAAUCUUGGUGAUUCUUUGCUUCGAUUGUUACGAAGAAAUAUUCCUGCCGACAGUGUGUGAUGUAGAUAUCAUACAUGUGUAUGAUGUAAUGAACAUAUGUAACAUCUACCUUACUGACGCAACAAUCAGUGUAUCAGCCAUUUAAGAUUUUGUUCAUUAUAAGACUUUUCCAUCACCUCUAUAUAGUCUCGCAUCUUCUAGUAAAGUUAUCAUGUUUCGAGGAAUGAAUUUUCAUAUUUGCUUUUUCCCAUCAGUAGAUGGUUUGUAUAAAUGAUUAUCCUAAUAUCUGUGUUGUUGCUUCGGCAUAUAAUGCUAUCUAUCAUAAUAUAUUUUUAAUAUGAUAGUUUGAUAUGAUAUAUUAUGGACGCAGGCUACAAACCUCUUUUUCAAUAACAGUACAAAAUUUACAUUUUACUAUUAAGUGUCAAUUAAACAGUUUUAAAGCUAGAAAUAUGUUUACGUUCACAGUGCUCAUCUAAACCAAUUUCAAACUGUAUAACACUAGAAAAAUCAAUGUCAUCCGUUGUUAGACUGCUCCAUGUAUGAACAACAAGGAAAAUAAAUAAUUUCUGUCUUUUUAA